CGUUUCUGAUUAAUGAACCAAUUAAACCUACCACACCAGACGCUGAUUCAAAAAUUACCACUAAAACAACACACGAAUCACAAGUUCGUUCCAGUUUUUCGGCUCUGUCGCUAAGCACUGACAGCGAUUCCAGGGAAAUCGCCACUGUAUAUGAUAUGAGUUCUGUCAACGAACCCUCAACUAAAUCAACCAGAAUUGAUGUCAUGUCAAAAACAACCACCAAAAUAUCACAGAACAGUUACGAUACGAGUUCCAUCAAAGACUCUUCAACUAAACCGAAUCGUCCAACAACGCUUAAUUCCCGGCCGAACACUAACAAGAAAACGUCGCAGAAAACAUUUCGUCCAAGUCCCACUGGACAGUUGCCAGGGAGUGAUCAUGAUUCCAGGAAAGUCACUACUGUGUAUGAUAUGAGUUCUGUCAACGAACCCUCAACUAAAUCAACCACAUUGCACAUCAUGUCGAAAACAGCCAUCAAAACAUCACCGACCAGUUUACGACACGAGUCUUCAACAGUUCAACUGGCUUCAACUAAACCAAGUCAUCCAACAACGCUUCAUUCCUUGCCGAAAACUAACAAGAAAAUGCCACAGAAAACAGUUCGUCCAGGUUCCACUGGACAGUUGCCAGGGAGUGAUCAUGAUUCCAUGAAAACAACUACAUUUUCUUUAGCAACUAAAUCAACUCGCUCAACAACAUCUGAUGUCAGGUCAAAAAAUAACAGGAAAACAUCACAGAAAACAUUACUUCGUUCCAGUCCUACAGUACAGAUGCCGAGCAUUGAUAGUGAUUCAAAUGAAACAACUAUUGCUUUAUGUAUAGUGCUUCCAAUAAUACUUGGUUUACUUUUUAUUUUGCUUGUUGGGUUGUUCUGUAGACGGCGGAAAAGAAAUCAUAGGAAACUGAAAAUAUCGAGUCAUGAAAAUCGCGGGAAAAAGACGGACCCUAGAUUUGAAACACCUGAUGUUAAUGUUAAUAUGAAAGAAAUCAAUGGUGAUCAUUCCCGUCCAGUCGACCAAGAUAUAGCGGAUACAACUCAAACUCUUGUUCGUCACUCAAACCAGGACGAUCAGUGCGUGAUUGUUGAAGCCAAUCCUAUUUAUGAUGCCUCUCAUGUCGAACUGAUCAAUCAAACCCCUGAUUUUAAGAAAAAAGAAAUCGCUGGCGACAAUUUUCAUUCAGACCCAGAUUGCGAAAGCCCUGAUGGCAAAAGUUGGGCAGACGACGAAGAUAUUUUGGACACAACUGAAACAUUAUCUAGUGACUUCAACCCAGAUGACCAAAGCGUGGUUGUGAUGUCUAAUCCUAUUUACGAGGCGCCUGAGGUUAAUGCACCAGUGGAGGAGAAGAAAGACGAUAGUUUAUCUUCUUAUCAGCUUCAACCAGAAUGGAAGACCUCUGAACUGAAAUAUAAAGAAAUCGAUGACGCUAACUUUCAUCCGAAUUCUGAAAAUACAGAACACGAAUCUGCUGAUUGAACCCUUCAGUAGCAGCUACAUGGAAUUAACUGUUGAUAUGACUGAAAAUUUCUGUAGUCUACGAAUAUUUGAUAAACUCUUAAACAAAAAGGCCGUUUUAACAUAGGGAGAACUAUGGUAAAUUGGGAAGAGGAAAAACUAAUAAUGCUACUUUUUCGCUCACUGCAGAGAAAAGUGACAGACGAUUAAGCCAUCAUAUAUAUUAUAUAGAAAAUUCAUAAAAAAUAUAAGUAAAUUUGGAAAUUAAUAUUGAAAGACAUUAAUAAUUCAUUCUGACGAGUUCAUUUAUCUUAUUGUGCCGGUUUACAACAACAGAAUUUACACGUACAGUUGCU